AACUAUUUUAUUAUUUCUAUUUAUAUAUAGUUCUUUAACUUUGAUGUUUUUAUAUUAGUUUUAUAUUUUACUGCCAUAUCAACAUCAUUCGGUCAAUAACCUUCACCUUCAUCAUUUUUUUUAUUAAAUAUAUACUAAUAACCUCAAAUCAAUCAACCAACCAAUCAAUCAAUCAAUCAAUCAAUAAAUUAAUAAAUAAUUAGCCAAUCAAUAAAUAUAUAAUUUUUUUCUUUCAAUAUAAUCAUAUAAAUAUACAUAAUGGCUGCUAAUAACAAACAAAAUUAUUAUGAACUUUAUAGAAGAAGUUCCGUAGGCGAAGCCUUAACAGAUACUCUCGAAGAAUUAUUGAUGAAUCAAUAUAUUUCAAGUUCGUUAUAUCAAAAAAUUUUAUCCCAAUUCGAUAAAUCAAUUAAUGAAGCAUUAUCAAAUACUGUAAAAUCAAAAACCACCUUCAAAGGAAAUCUUCAUACUUACAGAUUUUGUGAUAAUGUUUGGACUUUCAUUUUAGAUAAUGCCUCAUUUAAAACUGAUGGAGUUGAAGUUAAGGUCAAAAGAGUUAAAAUCGUAGCAUGUGAUGCCAAUGUUCAAGACCAACCACCAGCUAAAUAAAUUUUAGUUGUUCAACUUUUCAUCCUAUUAUGUUUUUUUUUUCAAUUUCAAAUACAUCAAAUUUUUUUUAAAAAAAAAAAAAAACAAUAUAAUAUACCAAACAAUAUAAAUCAACAUAAUAGAAAUUUUCAAAGAUGUGAAUAUAAAUAUAUCACCAAACUAGCAAUUAGAUAUUGUUAGCAUAGUACUACUAUCACCAUCUCAUAAAUUGUAUAGAUAAAAUAAAAUAUAUUGUAAAUUUUUAACAAUCG